AUGCUUUUUUUUUUCUUUUUUAGUAGUUUCUUACUCUUAUCCUUCUUAUUGUUUGCUAUUUCUCUAUUUUCUUUUUUCCUUUCAGUUUUUUUAGAAUUGCUCAACUUAUUUUUCUUUCUUCUUUUCUUUCUUUUUCUUUCUUUCAACCGUUUUAUAUUCUCUUUUUCUAGUUUUUAUCUUCUUUUUUCUUUUCAUUUUCAUUCGUAUUUUCCUAUUGUUUAUUCGUCAACUUCUUUUCUUGUUUUGCUAUUGUCCAUUGUUUUUUCUUUCUUCCUUCAUCGCUUUUCUCUCAAUCUUUUUGUGAUUGUUUUCUUCUUUUCUAUCUUCAACCAUUUUUGUAUUCUUUUUAACUACACAUAUUUUCACUUUCUUUUUUCAUUUAUUCAAAUUUAUCCUUUCUUCUUCUUCUCCCUCUUCUUCCUCUUCAUCCUCUCCUCAUCCUCCUUCUUCUUCUUCUUCUUCUCUUCUUCCCGUCCUCCUUUCUUAAUUCUUUUGUUUCUCAACAUUUCCUCUUUCUUUCUUCCUCAUCUAACAACAUUUAUCAUGUCCUCUUUGUCACACGCUUUCUUUCCUCUCAUUGUGUUUUCUUUUUCCUUAAAUGUCUUCGUGUUUACUCGUUUGCUCAUCGAUUCCUGCCAACGGCAUUUUGUGGUCGAACUGAAGGCGAACAUGAUUUUUGUCGAGAACCAUGUGCCAAAUUGA